UUUUAAAAAAACACCACUGGGGAAGAAAAUCAGAGGCUCUGAAGUAAAAUUUGUAUUAGUGACAAAGCUACUGUUACUUUAGCAAAGUAAAUGUUAUCUCUGGGGUAAAAUCUAUUUCAGAGGGUUUUUUCAUACUACUUUGAGAAAGUAUGCCUUUUAUAAAUGUUUACUUUCAAAAUGAACCAAACAAUAGGUAAAAUAAGUUUAAAAUCUCAUUGUCACUCUUUAGAGAAACUAUGGUGAUGUCACCAAACAGGGAUUAUACUUUAUUCAGACUUCCACAGUUCAGUAUCCAGUGUCAAACCUUCCAACUUCAUGCUACAGAGAUGUUUACAUUGUGGACAGCCAUGUAAUUUGUCCAAAGUGAAUUGAAACUUGAAUCCAUUUUGGUCUUGGUUUUUACAAUAUAUACAGGAAAGCAGGUAAACAUAAUUUUUUUUGAAUAACUAAAGAUAGUGAAAUUAAAAUAAAUCUCAAGGAUACUAUUCUCCUAGGAUCCCCCAUGUUCAUGGAACACAGCUAGUCACUGUGGGAUAUACACACUAGUAAAACCCCACAAACGAACUCUGAUGUGUAAUAGGUGAUUAGAUUUGCAGACUUAAUUUUUCAUAUUUAUUACCCUGGCCAAUGUACUAUCAGAACUUAAAUCUUAGAACUUACCUACCAUUCUAUAUCAGUAUCUUUAAAAAAAAUAAAUUUAAAAGAAGAAAUUCACUAAAUCAAAAGAGAGGAAGUGGUAAGCAAAUACAGGAACCAAAAAAGGAUUAGAGCGGCUGCUUCACACUGUCUCAUUCAGUUCCUUUGUGGUCCCCUUCAACACCACAUGCCAGAGCAGCUCUUCAUAACCUUUAUGACCAGAGCGUCUUGCGUUUAAGACAAUGGAGGAGUUGGAUGCCUUAUUGGAGGAACUGGAACGCUCUACCCUCCAGGACAGCGAUGAAUAUUCCAAUCCAGCUCCAGUUUCCCUGGAUCAGCAUCUCCAAAGGGAGAGUAACCUUGCUGAGAUUUCUAAGACCUCCCCUGAUGAGGUUCACACAAGUCCCUUGAAGGCGCAACUCGUGUAUACUUCCAAUAUCCAGGAGCCCCUUGUCUACAGUGAAAUUCAAGAGCCAAAGGAAUCACCACUGCCACCUAAAACCUCUGCAGCUGCUCAGCUGGAUGAGCUCAUGGCCCACCUGAGUGAAAUGCAAAACGAGGUUUCCGUGAAAGCAGAUGCCAGCAAGAAGCCCUUGCUGGACAAUCGGGAUCACCAGGCCUCCUUGGACUCCAUACUUGGGGGUCUGGAGCAGGAAUUACAGGACCUUGGGAUUGCUACAUUGCCCAAAGGCCAUUGUGCUUCCUGUAGGAAACCAAUUGCAGGAAAGGUAAUCCAUGCCCUGGGGCAGUCGUGGCAUCCGGAGCACUUCAUCUGUACUCACUGCAAAGAAGAGCUUGGCUCCAGUCCCUUCUUCGAGCGGAGUGGCAUGGCCUACUGCCCCAAGGACUACCACCAUCUCUUUUCUCCUCGCUGUGCCUACUGUGCCUCUCCCAUUCUGGAUAAAGUGCUGACAGCGAUGAACCAGACAUGGCACCCAGAGCACUUCUUCUGCUCUCACUGUGGAGAGGUAUUUGGUGAAGAAGGCUUUCAUGAGAAGGACAAGAAGCCAUACUGCCGAAAGGAUUUCUUAGCCAUGUUCUCUCCCAAGUGUGGUGGCUGCAACCGCCCAGUGCUGGAAAACUACCUGUCUGCCAUGGAUACUGUGUGGCACCCAGAAUGCUUUGUGUGUGGGGACUGCUUUAGCAGUUUUUCUACUGGCUCCUUCUUUGAACUCGAUGGACGGCCAUUCUGUGAGCUCCAUUAUCAUCACCGGCGAGGAACCCUCUGCCAUGGAUGUGGGCAGCCCAUCACCGGCCGCUGCAUCAGUGCCAUGGGGCACAAGUUCCACCCUGAGCACUUUGUGUGUGCUUUCUGCCUGACACAGCUGUCGAAGGGCAUCUUCAGGGAGCAGAAUGACAAGACCUAUUGUCAGUCCUGCUUCAAUAAGCUCUUUUCACUGUAAAUGUACCCAGUUCACAUCCUCCUUAAAUUUUUUGCUUAUAGAAUUUAGACCAAGACAAGAAAGAAUACACUGCUGUCAUUGACCUGCUCACGAGGUUGACAGAGAAUGAAAAGGUGAUGAUCAAAUAUGGGAAUCCCAUGACUGGGCUUGCAAUCUUACUUUUCAGACUCCAUUCUUUGUUUUAAAUUCAGGUAGUUGGAUUUAGAUCUGGAUUCUGCUGUCUGGUUCCUCCACAGAUGUAUUUCCCACAUUUGCAAUCCAUUCCUCUCCUGCUGUUCACCCCUCUCUCUCUCUUGCUCAGAUCUGCUGUGCACCCCCCUCCCUGGAAUUUCUUUUCCCCGUGAAUUAAUGUUGGAUCAUCACUGCUGUGGUUUUUCUCCUUGCUUAGCAACUUUGAUAGAACUAGUAAGCAUUUUGCAUCUUCUUUCUAUACAUUUCUCUUUUUGAUAGGGAAGUAGAUUUGAACUAACAGCUUUGAUAAAUAAAAUGGCUUGUGGUUUUAAUGA